GAGAGAGAGUGGAGUGAUGGGAAAGUAUGUGCGGAGGAGGUAGACACCAGGGGGGAGGAGGUUUCAUUCCCCACAGCUCCACUCACUUUCUCAGGACUUCCCUCCCUGGACACCACUGCUGUCGAGUGCUUUCUUUACAGAGCCGAACUCUUCCAUAUCUGGAGCUCGAUGUGGACAAAUAGAGAAGUGGACUGAAUCAGAUCGGACGUCAACCCAAAACCACAUUUCUUAAAGAGGUCUUUGUUGAAUGGAGUUUGGUGCUGAAGGAUUACAGCGUUCUGAGAGAAAUUUCAGAAGUAAGAAGAAAGGUGGAGAAACAAGUCUCAUCUGUGAUUUCUUUUGACAUUUUGGACAUUUUUCUUGCAGCUUUGCUCCAUGCUUGAAAGUUUUCUUUUUACUCUUGACUGACAAGUCUAUUUUAAAUGAUCAUUGUCUUCUAACUAUUGUAAGUGACUGCCACCUAAGUUAGUCAAGUUGCUUGUGGCUUGCAGGAAAAACAUGUUUUUGUUUUCGAGCUGAGAUGUCCAAAACUACUUGUUGUCAGCCCCUUUAAUGAGGUAAUUUAUCAAUAAUUGGUCAUUUGGCUUUGCUGUUUCAUAGCAUGAAAGAUGAGAGGAUAUCGACAUUUUGGUUUAUGUUCUCUGAGGUUCUGUGUCUUUAGAAGUCAGCUGCAUUCGACCAGACUUUCCCUGUCCUAAUGGAAGCAAAAUCCUGAAAAUGGACACCGAGGCUGCACCACAUUCUUUGCUUUCCCCUAAGGACGUCUUCCUCUAAAACCAAAAUGUGAUCCCUGAGUGUAAACUAUGACGUAAGGACUGAUAAUAGCUGUUUGGUUUAAGAGGGUGAGCAGUAACUUGUGUCUUUAUCAGUCUGAGCUGCUGAAUGUGUGAGCAGAGCGGGAAGAAAGUGACUCUAAACGUCUUGUUUUAAUGCGCAGUAAUAAAUGGCCGGUGACACAACCCCCGUUUUCCCUCAUGGGUUUAGAGAGGGAGGUUUUCCAUAUAUGUCGGCCAAAAUCUAUCCUUCACUUCAGCAUCGGUGUUGACAUUAGAGCAGCCUUUGUCCAGCUCGUCGGCUCUCAUGCUGCCUCCUGGGCCUGGAUAACAAACUCAUGAAGACUGUUAUCAAUCAGACUGAUCCCUGACCAGCUCCACAUAAAAAAACACUUGUUGGGACUCUCCUGGGUUAGCUUUCCCAGGGCCAACCUGGGCUUCCUUGUGGUCUCUCACCGGGACGAGGCCUUCUUGUGCAGGGUCGGCCCUCAGCGGGCUCUCCUGCCCUGCAGUCAUGGGGAUCCAGGGCAUGGAGCUGUUUGCCAUUGGUGUGGUCAUCAUCCUUUUCAUGGCAGUGCUGAAGCAGUUUGGCAUCUUGGAGCCCAUGUCCUCAUUUGAAGAUAGCAGCGACAGUGAUUUGGAGCUAUCGACGGUGCGUCAUCAGCCGGAGGGGCUGGACCAGCUGCAGGCUCAGACCAAAUUCACCAGGAAGGAGCUCCAGUCUCUCUACCGGGGCUUCAAAAACGAGUGUCCCAGUGGAAUGGUUGAUGAGGAGACAUUCAAGUCCAUCUAUUCUCAGUUCUUCCCCCAAGGAGAUGCAACCACCUACGCUCACUUCCUCUUCAAUGCAUUCGACAUCGACAGAAACGGGUCGAUCCGCUUUGAGGACUUUGUCAUCGGCCUGUCGGUGUUGCUCAGAGGUUCAGUCACUGAGAAACUUAACUGGGCCUUUAACCUGUAUGACAUUAAUAAGGACGGCUAUAUCACCAAAGAGGAGAUGCUGGCCAUCAUGAAGUCCAUCUAUGACAUGAUGGGGAGGUACACAUACCCCUGUGUGCGAGAUGAAGCUCCCUAUGAACACGUGGACAAGUUCUUCCAGAAAAUGGAUAAAAACCGUGAUGGUGUGGUGACUAUUGAAGAGUUCAUUGAGACCUGUCAGAAGGACGAGAACAUCAUGAACUCCAUGCAGCUGUUUGAGAACGUCAUAUAACAAAUGAAGACGCUCUCAGUUACUUUCUUUCCAUUAUCUCACAUCAAUACACACAAACACCACACCCCACACACACAUGACACCCCUGCACAUAAUGUAGCUACUGUAAAAGUACAGGAACUAGAUAUUUUUCUGUUCCUUGCUGCACUCAUUUAGCUGUAUGUUGCUUUUGGAUUCAAAAAGACUGCUGCAGACAGAAGAAGAGCUUCCUGGUUAAAAUCCCUGUCUAUCCGUGUGUGUUUUGUUUCCAGCAUGAAGAAACAGAAGAGCUCCUUGUGUUUUCAAUAUCAGGAAUAAGGAAGAUUACAAUUAUCCACUGACCUGAGCACUAAAGCUAGAUUCCAUCAAGUGAUCUGGUUUUGUUUAUUUUUUAUACUAUAGCCAUUAUUUGCAUUUCCACUGUCUAAAGUUCGGAAAGAUUCCAAAAUAACUGAUCUGUAUCAUCCUAGACUUUUGGCACGCUUCUUUUGGGGAACUGUCUGUAUCUGAGCCUAAAUGUUGUAGUUAGACUCACUAGGGUUGGCUGUGGAAACUCAAGAAAGAUCAAGAUUUAUCAGGUACUAAACCAAACCUGGUCACUUGGUGGAAAAACACCUGGACACUCACAUACAGAUGGGCUGUUUCCUCAAGAGUUUGUAAAGCACUGGAUGAAAUGAGCAACGAGCAUCACGAGGCACACAUAAAAAGAGAAAUGAAAUAAAGCAUGUUUGUCAUCAGAUAUGUGAUGUGGAAUUAGCUUGCACUACAGUUUUAUGACUAUGUAUAAUAUGCGCCUAGAGUAAAGGCACUGUAGAUACCUGCACCUGAUACACACAUGUGUGUAUGUAUAUAUGUAUAGUUAAUAGUUCUAUAUAUAUCCUACAUUGUAUUGGUCUCAUCUGUGCUGCACUGGGUGAUGAAAUAGGACCAGAACUGAAUAUUUGUUUUAGAAAUCUCCAUAUUCAAUAGCAGUUCUACAUCAAAAUAUUAUGUAUCAUUAUUAUUUUUCUUUGUUUUGUAUUUAAGGAGAUAAAAGAUUAUGUUCAAUGGGUCAGGUUGGGACAAAUGAGUCAUACAGUACUGUGAAAAAAACACAAGGACUGUUAAACGUGUUCUUAUGCUGCACUAAAGCUUUUUAUUUGGUUUUCUAGUAUCUGUGAGCAUGCCGACUCUAAGUGCCACAGUAUUAUGAACAGUACAGUUGGACCUUUGUGAUGUGGGUUUAAUUAAAGAUACUGUCAACAGC